AUGUAUCGUCAAAUCAAAGUGCAUGAAGACGAUUGGGAUCUUCAGCGCAUUCUCUGGGUUGAUGAACACCUCAAUGAAGCUCAUUAUCAGCUCACCACGGUGACCUAUGGCACAAAGGCAGCCCCAUACCUUGCUGUCCGAGCUCUCACCCAACUGGUUGAGGACGAAGGCCAUCGGUUUCCGCUGGCAAUUCCCUCAUUGCUCAAGGGACGAUAUGUCGAUGACAUAUUCGGGGGAGCAGAUUCAAGCGAACAACUCAUCAAAAUCGCUCACCAACUCACCAACCUUUGCAAGGCGGGAGGCUUCCCUCUUGCAAAGUGGCAAGCAACUGAUCAGGCUCUACUAGCGGCAGUUUCGGCAACUCAUGAGCCUUCAAAACCCAUCUCAUUCGACGAUUGCUCGACCAAAAUUCUCGGACUCAAUUGGCUCCCACGAGCCGAUACCUUUGUUUUCACAGCAAAGCCUAGUGAUCACUCAAAAUCAAUCACGAAGCGACUCAUAUUAUCUGAGAGCAAAUUGCUCCUGCAAGAGCUCUGGUUACACAAAAUCAACUGGGACGACCCAUUGCCGUCUCACAUCAUUUCAAGAUGGUCUCACUUCAGAGAAGAUCUCAAAAAUUUGGCUCAAAUCUCAAUUCCCAGGUGGUUUCACACCUGGACCAACUCAACAGUGGAGCUCCACGGUUUCUCUGAUGCUUCUCAACUAUCGAUGUCAGCUGUCGUCUACAUCGUCUCACACUCGCCGUCCACAGGCGCCAAAUCAUCUCUCGUUUGCGCAAAGACGAAAGUAGCUCCAAUCAAACCACUCACAAUCCCGAGGUUAGAACUCACAGCAGCGCUGCUACUAUCAAAACUCAUCAAGCAUACACAAGCUACACUCCAGCUACCAAUUACUUCAACUCAUUUGUGGACGGACUCUCAAGUCGCACUCAUGUGGAUCAAAUCACCCGCUUCGCGCUGGAAGGACUUUGUCAGGAACCGAGUAACUCAAAUUCAAGAGCUCACGCCUCAAGCUCAUUGGAGACACGUUCCUGGCACCUCCAACCCAGCUGACGGCCCAUCAAGGGGUUUAACCGCUCAACAACUCAAAGAUCACUCACUCUGGUGGACGGGACCACCAUGGAUACUCAAACCAAUGACCUCAUGGCCUCGACAGACUCAACCCUCAGCUGACCUCAGUGCACAUGAGGCCCGUCAAGGCGUUGCGCUCUUCGUGGCCACUCCGAGAGUCGAGUAUCAUUGGGACCUCAUUCAUCGAUACUCGACGCUCUCAAAACUCAUCCGAGUCACCGCCUUGUGCUCUAAGGUCAUUUCAAGAUUGAGGAGACAAACUGACUCACCACUCAUUUCGCGAGACGACAUGGAGGCUGCUAAAGUCUUUUGGAUUAAGGCCACUCAAGCAGCGUAUUUCUCACACGAGCUACGCUCAUUGAAGUCAAAUAUUCCACUACAAAGAACUCACGUUUUUUCUCGAUUGACCGCCUUCCUUGAUCACGAAGGCGUCAUUCGGGUCGGUGGUCGGCUCAACUUGUCAACACUCAGUCCGGAGACCAAGCACCCAGCCAUAUUGCCUCGCCACUCACGCCUAUCAACACUCGUGAUCGACAAUUCUCAUCGUCGCACAUUGCAUGGGGGCACUCAACUCACUCUGGCUGACAUUCGCCAGUCAUACUGGAUACUCGGAGGCAGAGCUCCAGUGAAAACUCACAUUCUCCAUUGUGUAAAGUGCGCACGUCAGCGAGGGAUACGCGCUCAACAGCUGAUGGGUCAGCUGCCUGUAGCUCGUGUCACCCCAUCUCGCCCAUUCACUCACACUGGAGUCGAUUACGCAGGGCCACUCACACUCAAGACCUGGAAAGGGCGAAGUGCAAAAACAAUGAAGGGUUGGAUUUGCGUCUUCGUGUGUCUCACAACUUCAGCAGUUCAUCUGGAAGCAGUCAGUGAUUAUUCAACUGAUGGAUUCAUCGCUGCAUAUCGACGCUUCGUCUCAAGGCGAGGCAUUCCAGGCACACUCUACUCAGACUGUGGAACCAACUUCGUAGGCGCUGAUGCAGCUCUGAAGCGAAUGGUUACUCAGUACACUCACGAAAGUCGUCAAAUUGCCUCACUGCUGGCUGUUGACGGCACUCAAUGGCACUUCAACCCUCCAGCCACUCCUCACAUGGGAGGAAAGUGGGAAGCAGUGGUAAAAUCAAUGAAGUAUCAUCUCAGACGCAUAGUAGGAGAGACUGUGCUGACAUUUGAGGAACUCACAACCAUGCUUUCACAAAUCGAAGCAGUGUUGAACUCACGACCGCUAGAAGCACUCAGCGACGAUCCAGAGGACGUAUCAGCACUCACUCCUGGUCAUUUCUUGACUGCAGAUGCUCUAUCAAGUUUGCCUGAGCCAUCGCUGACUCACUUAAACAUCAAUCACCUCUCUCGUUGGCAACUCAUUCAACAAAAGAUUCAAAACCUUUGGUCUCAGUGGUCAGCUCACUAUCUCCAGCGUCAACAAUCAAUUUCGAAAUGGCAUCAUCCAUCAAAUGAAAUCAAAGUGGGAUCACUCGUGCUCAUCACAGAUGAAAGAUUCUCGCCAGGCAAGUGGCCUUUGGCCAGGGUCACUGCUCUACAACCAGGUGGGGAUGGACUCAUCAGAGUGGUCACACUCAAAACAGCCUCUUCGACACUCACUCGGCCGAUCGCGAAGCUCGCGCCUCUGCCCUCUCAACAACAAGACGUCUCAAACUAG